CGAUUCGUGGUUGAGUCAGUCGAGUCUGGAACCUGGACGGGACAACAACGGAAAUCUUAAAUUCGAGCGCGAUUCGGAAGCACAGUGACUAUCAGCAUCGGGGGCUUAUAUUAUAUAUAUUCGAAUAAAAAGUAAUCUAAAUCGGAAAAGGAAUAUGGCCAAGUGGCUCCUGAGCCUCUGGCUGGCGGUUCUGCUGGUGGAUCGACCCGGGGCCUCAGCUUAUCAAUCAAACAGCAACUACCAAAGUGCCGGGCAGCAGUCCGGGUUAUCAGCCGGGCAGGGCCAGCAGCCCAUUUACCAGCGCGAUUCCGCCUGUCCACCUCAAUAUACAGGAGUGGUGGCUUAUCCCCACGACUGCCACCGCUACAUCAACUGCUUCAAUGGCAGCCCCACCAUCCAGACAUGCGCUCCAGGAACUCUUUUCAAUGCCAAGAUCCUGGAGUGUGAUCAUCCGAACAAAGUAGAGUGUUUUGCAUCGGCAGGAGGAGCAGGAAAAACGGAAUCCACCCGUUUGGGGCGACUUCAGCAGUUGAAUGGGGAGGCUAAAUGUCCGCCGGGUAUCAAUGGAUUACAUCCCCAUCCCACGGACUGCACCAAGUUUCUGAACUGCGCCAACGGACAAACCUUUGUUCAGGACUGUGGACCGGGAACGGCCUUUGAUCCGAAACUGUUGCUCUGUGCCCACAAGGGCUCGGUUGACUGUGGAUCUGGAGGAGCACAGCCGUAUUCCAAUGCCAACGGCUACUCUGUGGCCUCGGCGGACCUGGGCUGUCCAACCGGCUAUCGUGGCCUCCAUUCGCAUCCCCACGAUCCCCACAAGUAUUUGCGCUGCGGUAUCGGUGUUCAACCCCAAGUAGAGCAGUGUCCUCAGGGCCAGAUCUUCGAUGGCUACAGAUUGGUAUGUGUUUUUUCAGCCUCCUCCCAGAUCUCCUCUAAUGCCCUGACCUCAGCCGAAGUUCAGGUCAACAGUCUGUUGUGUCCUGUUGGGGCUGUUGGGUUGUUCGCUUACCCCUUCGAUCACACCAAGUUCCUUAAUUGCAAGGACGGCAAGGUGGCCAUUCAAAGCUGCCAGCCCAACUUCGUGUUCAGUAUAUCGAGAGGGUACUGUCACUUAAAGACGCAAUUACUUCAAAGCGAUUAUGUGACUUUGAUUAUAACGCUGAUUGGCUACGACUACUCCCUGAGCCUAAACACUUGUCCUGCCGGCAUCUAUGGCUUGCACUUGUAUCCCUACGAUGCUGGGAAGUACGUUAAAUGCUCAGAUGGUGGCAUAAUGUCCAUUCUCAGCUGUGCUCCCCAAACUGCCUUCAGCCUGUCUCAGAAAUCUUGUAUCCCGCGCCUUCAAAUAAACGGAGGCGAUCGUGUCAAGUUCUGGGAAGAAAUUCAAGUCGAAACCACUUAUUUCAAUGAAGGCCGCCAGAAUCAAAAUCAACUAUCAAGUCAGUUGUUUGCCCUUAAGUCUUGUCCGGCCAAACUCCAGGGCAACUUCCCGUAUCCCUUCCAUGCGGGUCACUUCAUAAAAUGCCUGAAUGGAGUCCUGGAGAUUGUAUGUUGUCCUUCCGGAACGCUUUAUAGUCUUUCCCACCGCCAGUGCGUAGCUCGGCAACUUCUUGCUGCCCAUGAUUACUUGGACUACUCCUACAUCAGUGCACAAUUUUCGACUGAGUUUAUGGUGGAUGUGUCGACCGUGACUUGUCCUCCUGACAGUAAGGGAUUGUACCUACAUCCCUUCGAUUGCACCCGGUAUGUCAGGUGCUCCAACCAGCAGACAUAUAUCGAAGAGUGCCCCCAAGGAGAGGUCUUCAGAAUAUCCCAGCAACGGUGUGAGCCCAAGGAACAAGUAAUAGAACCCUAUGACCGUGUUUCUUAUUACAUCGAGAUGUCAAUUGUCCAGAGUGUAGCGGUGGAAGGGCACCGAGGACACGGCAAAAGCCUAGAUGGCGAAGGAGAUAUUAAGUGUCCUGCAGCCGCUACGGGACUCCAUGCUCAUCCAUUCGAUUGCACCAAGUUUUUGGAGUGUUCAAAUGGACAAACCUUCAUUAAAAAUUGUGGACCGGGCACUGCUUUCAGCCCGGCUAUCGGUAGCUGUGAUUUUGCCAACAAAGUUGAUUGCACAGGAAGGAGUUCUUCUUCAGGUUCCACUCCAGCCUCAUAUCCUUCGGUUCAGCAAAGUCCUCCAACAGAUCCCAAUUAUGGGACAUUAAAUAACCCAUCCCCAGCCGCCCAGCAGCACUCGUCAGAUCUUCUGUGCCCUGUGGGAGUUGAUGGUCAUUUUAUUCAUCCCUUCGAUCAGACUAGUUUCCUCAAUUGUAAGGCUGCUAAACUGGCUGUUCAAAGGUGCAAUCCCGGCUAUGUAUUCAGCAUAUCGAGGGGAUCCUGUCAGCCUAAGAAUCAAUUGGUAUACUCCGACUACGUUACGUACAUAGUCUCCCAAAUUAGCAUCGAACAGAGUAAGUUUUCUGCCUUGAAGUCAGUAAAGUCCCUCGAUUUCACGACAAUUGAUUCAUCAGCAAUGAUCCUUUCUGCCUGCCCGGAUGGUACGGAUGGCCUCCAUUUGUAUCCCUACGAUGCUGGCAAAUAUGUCAAGUGUUCCGCUGGGAAACUCUCUGUUCUGCCCUGUGAUUCCCAGAUGGCCUUCAGUUUGAGCCAAAAGGGAUGUCGUCCGGCUCGCCAAGUGGCUGCCGGAGAUCGAGUCAAGUUUUGGGCGGAGCUGCAAACCACGACGACCACAACGUACACGUACAAGGACACCCAAGACCAUCAGUCAGCGAUCAGGGGCUGUCCAGCCAACCUGCAGGGAAACUAUCCAUAUCCCUUCCAUGCCGGCCACUACUUAAAUUGCCAGAAUGGACUCCUGCAGGUCGUGUGCUGUCCCGCAUCCGAACUGUACAGUUUGUCCAAACGCCAGUGUGUGGCCCGGCAUCUCCUCUCCGCCCAUGACUACUUGGAUCAUGCCUAUAUCAGUGUUCAGUUCUCGACUGACUUUAUGCAGGAUCUUACCACAUUAACUUGUCCUCCAAACGCCCAGGGCUACUAUCUUCAUCCCUUCGAUUGCACCAAGUAUCUGAUUUGCUGGGACGGACAAACACAAACUGGUAGCUGCGAUCAGGGCCAGGUUUUCAGCAUUUCCCAACAGAAGUGCGUGCCCAGGGAUCAGGUUACACAGUCCUACGAUCGCGUGGAGUAUCUGAGUGGAACGCAGCACGAGUUGAGCCACGAAGCAGAUGAGAAUGAAGAAUAUGCCCAAGGCAGAGCUUUGUCAUUCGACGAUCAACAUGGAGGAUAUCAGCCCACGGGGCAGCCAGCUGGAGCUUUACAGUCCAAAGGAGGAUACCCCGCACAAAGUUAUCCCACCUCCCAAGGAGGCUACAACUCUCCUGGUUCUCAAUUCCCUACUCCCAUCAAAGGUGGCUAUUCUCAAUAUCCGGGAUCUUAUCCAGGCGGUACCUCCGCAUAUCCAGGUGCCUACACAGGAAGUAGUCCUUCAACUUUGAGCGGCUAUCAAGGUGGCAACUCGCCAUAUACAGGCGGUCCUUCGGGAGCUCCACAAGGCGGACCUUCUCAAUAUCCUGGAGACAGCCAUGGAGGUAAUUCUCAAACUUUCCAACAUACUGCAGCCUACCAUGGAGGGUCUCUACCUGGUGAAGGCUAUCCAGGCCCUUCGGGAGCUCAUCAAGGCGGACCUUCUCAAUAUCCUGGAGACAGCCAAGGAGGAAAAUCGCAAACUUUCCAACAUACGGCAGCUUACCAUGGAGGGGUUCUACCUGGUCAAGGUUAUCCAGGAAGUUCUUCGCAACAUUUGGGAGGCUACCAAGGAGGUUCUUCGCAAUCUUCAGGCGGUUACCAUAGCGGGGAUUCGCACUAUUCUGGACCUCACUAUGGGAGCAACUCUCAAACUCCGGGGGGCUAUCCAGGAAGUGCCUCGCAAUCAACCGGAGGCUACCAAGGAAGCAGCUCUCAAUCAUCAGGAGGUUACCACGGAAGUAACUCUCAAACAACUGCAGGCUACCAAGGAAGUAACUCCCAAACUCGUGAAGGAUAUCAGGGAAACUACCAAUCCUAUGGCGGUUAUCAAGGAGGUGAAAUUUAUCAGCCACCGUAUCAAGGCCAGGGGGUAGGAUACCAACAGAAUUCUCAAUCCGCUGGAGGAUCUUAUAGUCAAAAUGGGCCCUACUAUUAUGGCGCCCCGCCUACACCCUUGAUGUGCCCGGAACGUGUGAGCGGACUGUUUCCGAAUCCCUUCGAUGCCCAGAGCUAUCUAACAUGCAUCGAGGGCCACACUCUGGUUAGAAAAUGUGAUGCCCUGGAUGUGUUUAGUGUCUCGAAAGGAUAUUGCCUGCCGGAGCAGCAUGUUGCCACCACUGAUCGCAUUCCGUUCGUGAAGAAAGAAAAUGAGCAGGAGACAAUUGUGAGCUGUCCCAAAGGUGUCGUCGGUUUAUUCGUUUACCCCUUCGACUGCUCCCAGUUUCUUAGCUGCGGUACUACUGGAAUGACUCUGAAGCGUUGCCCUCCGGAGGAGCACUUCAGUCUUUCACAGGGUAGCUGCCGGCCCAGUAGUCAGGUGCAGCGCACAGAUCGCCUCUAUACGCUUGAGGAGCUCUAUAUCGUCUACGACUGGACCCAGAAGAUGAAGCUCGAGGGCGCUGUACCCGCUUGCCCCGAAGGAAUCACUGGAACGUUGCCGCAUCCUCGCACUCCCAGCAAAUACCUUCACUGCGAGCCUGGUCGGGCGGAGAUCUUCGACUGUCCCAGCCAGCAGGUGUUCAGUGUUUCGCGGAGGUUGUGCGUGCUGGACGAUAAACUGGCCAGCUACGAUCGCUCCGACUAUCUGGUCUGGGGGGAGGAGGCUAUCGGUUGGACAGAUCCCACAUAUGGCGAUCGCCAGUCCAAGUCGUACGAGACGUCUGGCCGGGAUCAGUUUGGAAAUCUUUACACGACCCGUACUACUACCAGAACUAGAAUUAUCGGGGAGGGCGAUCGCUGGAAGGACAUGAACAUGCAGCGACCCUCUGGCAUUGGUCUGGAACAGAAUCCACAUUACCAGAACCCGCAGGAAGUUGGAUGGUCGGGCCAGGAGACCUCCUAUUCGCGCCGUGAUCCGUCCCAGAACGUCCUCUAUGUUGAGGGCUCUUUGCAGCCGAAUCGUAAUUAUCCUACCUAUAAGACUCCACUAGCUCCAAUGGCACCCGUCGAUCCCGGAAAAGUCUACUACGCCCAGCCUGUGGCAAAGAACGAACCGGAGCACCCUCCGCUUCCGUCACGUCAGAACUUUAGUCGCAGAAUCGAUUACGGAUCGCCAGGAAACGGCUGGCAGCCGAUGCCGCCACUUGCUCCUCUCGGUGGCCAAAAACCAUUAAACCUUGACUACAAUCCCGAUACUCCUGGGGCUAGGGAACCACACAAUCAAACUCCCCCGAUCGGACAGAAACCUCUUGACUGGGACUACGAUGAACCGCAGAGGCCACAAGAUCCUUUUGACGAAAAACCGGCAUAUCCGGGCCAGGCUCCUGCUCCUCCUCCUGGAUCACCCCCGCGAUACUAUCCAGAUCAGUCGCCUAGUGGCUCCCAACCACAAUCUAAAUGGCAGCCUUACAACCCUAACCCUAUUCCCGAUCAGCAGAAACCCUUAGAUUCCCCCAGUAACCCUGCGGGUUCGAAAAAUCCCAGCCUGCCUGUAGAGGAAUCGAAUCUUUAUGGUGGUCUGCUGCCUCCCACAGGUCCCCCAUCACUACCAACUUCUACCAGCACCACCACUCCCUUGCCAAAGUUAGGUAAUAGAUUAUACACGUACCCCAUUUAUCCGGCAGUGGAUAAGAACGCUCCUCAAUCUCCCAGCCAUCCUCACUAUAGUCCUUCGUACGCAGGAAUUGCUCAUUCCAGAAACGCUUCCUGGGCCAAAGUUCCCACAACAAGCACCACUCCAACUCCGCCGCUAGAUCCUUUUAAUCCCGAAUAUGAUGUCAUAUAUGACGAUGAUGAUUUCACAACCACAACCACGGAGCGACAGAGUCCUCCGCCAAAUCAUCAAUUCUACAGUCCUCCAACCCCUCCGAAAUCAAAUCCAUCUGUUUAUGGAACUGAUCCCAGUUCCCAAUUGGCGAUGAAGGAGGCUCUGAAGCUAAUGCUUCGUCCCUAUUUUAAUCACAGCGGUAAUGCUGAAGAUCAGUUAGCCAAGCAGGCCGAAUCAGCACUAGUUUCUGCCAUCAGCAGGCCACCAACUGACACCACUUCCUCCACCACAACUACGACAAAACGACCUACAACCACACCUAAGACAGAUCCGGACGAUGACGUUGAACUCAUUAAAGCCGGGGAGCAGGAGAGCCUGGACUCCACUGAAGAUGACUAUGUUUUUCCAGAUGUCAGGGAGACGGCCCGCACCGAGCAGACCAUUAAACCCAGUUCAACCUACUCCUCGGUAAACUAUCACCGGAGCACCCGCAAGGCGGAGGUUGAACAGAUUCCGACCACUCCCAAACCGACAACAACGACAACCACAAUGAAAAACAAUUGGCAUGCGUCCGGGCACAAUCGUGACUAUCACCGGCGCCAUCCAAAUCUUCCCGAUCCGUUCUCCAAGCCCCACCAUAAUCCUCUUACCCAAAACCACCACCAUCCCCAUCACCAUCAGCACAGUGCCGAUUUCCAUCGUCGCCACCCAGAGCUUCCAAAUCCUUUUCCCGUAAAGGAUGAAACCCCUGCCCAGGAGGAGGACUGGGAGUUGUAUCAGAAUCCUAAUGCCGAGGAUGUUACUCCAAAGAUUGGUUCGCGCUCGAAUGUGAUUGACGAUUGCGAGUUCGAUUGCGGAAACGGAAAGUGCCUGAGGAAGGAGCAGAUCUGCAACGGGCAGAAAGAGUGCUCCAAUGGCAGGGACGAAUAUAAUUGUCCCCCGAAGGAUUACGAGGUUAGACUGAGUGGUGGAGAGGGUCCGCAUAUGGGCCGCAUUGAAGUCAAGGCCAACGGCCAGUGGGGCCUUGUUUGCGAUGACAAGUUUGGUCUAAAGGAUGCGGAUGUUGUCUGCCGGGAACUGGGCUUCAAAAUGGGUGCCCUGGAAGUUCGUGGGAACUCAUUCUACGCCCCCAGCAGCCAGGACUUCAACUAUCUGAUGGAUGAGAUCGAAUGCCGUGGGAACGAAACCAGCCUCAAGGAUUGCAGCUUCAAGGGAUGGGGAGUUCACAAUUGUGGCGUCGACGAGGUGGCCGGUGUCAUCUGCAAGGUACCGGUAAUGAAGUGUCCAAACAACUACUGGCUCUGCCACGCCUCCAAGGAGUGCAUCCCGCCCGCCUUUGUUUGCGAUAAUACCGUGGACUGUGCCGACAAGUCUGAUGAGUGCGAUGCUGUUUGUAAGUCCCCCAUUCAAUACCGUUUGGAAGGCGGACGCACUUCCAAUGAAGGCCGCCUGGAGGUCAAGUACCAUGGCGUUUGGGGCAGUGUGUGCGAUGAUGAUUUCAAUCUGAAGAAUGCCCAGGUGGCUUGCAACUCCAUGGGCUACUACGGUCCAGCGAAAAUUGAGAAAAACAUAUUUGGCAAUGGUAAUGGACCCAUUUGGCUGGACCAGGUGAUGUGCUUCGGCAACGAAACCUCCAUCGACAAGUGCAACCACUGGAACUGGGGUGAACACAAUUGCAACCACACCGAAGACGUGGCCUUGCACUGCACCGCUGGACCUCCGCCACGAUCACAGAAGCUUUUCCAAAACCCCAUCAAGGGUGGGAAACAGGAUUUGAGUUCAUUCGCCCAGAUUGGACUUUGGGAGAGAUCCAGCAAGGCGCUGCACACACCCCGACGAUGUGGAAUCUUCAAGGACGACUUGGUUGAUGAGUACGCCCAUCAUGAGGAGGAGCGUGUGGUGAAGGGGAACACGGCUCAAAGGGGUCGUCACCCCUGGCAGGCCACCAUCAGGGCUCGCGGACGAGGUCGCGUCUCCAGCCACUGGUGCGGAGCUGUGGUGAUCUCCAAGCGCCACCUCCUGACCGCUGCCCACUGCCUCUACGGAAAUAAGAAGGGCGCCUACUUUGUGCGCGUGGGCGAUCAUUACGCCAACAUUGCAGAGUCCUCCGAGGUGGACUCGUUCAUCGAGCACUGGUACAUCCAUGAGAAGUUCCGGGACGGCUCUCGCAUGAACAACGACAUAGCUCUGGUGGUGCUGAAGACUCCCCUGAAAUUCAGUGACUACGUCCAGCCCAUCUGCCUGCCCGAUAAGAACGAAGAGCUAGUCGAGAAUCGCAUGUGCACGAUUUCUGGUUGGGGCUCCAUUAAAUCUGGUAUCUCUACUCCUUCCCAAGUUCUGAGCUCCGCGGACCUGCCCAUUCUGAACGAUCGGGUGUGCAAACAAUCGAAUGUCUACGGCUCGGCCAUGACAGAAGGCAUGUUCUGUGCCGGUUCCAUGGACGAGAGUGCGGAUGCCUGUGAGGGUGAUUCAGGUGGUCCCCUGGUUUGUGCCAAUAAUGAUGGGGAGACCCUUUAUGGCAUCAUAUCGUGGGGCCAUCAUUGCGGCUAUAAGAACCGACCAGGUGUCUAUGUUCGGGUUAACCACUACAUCGACUGGAUCUACGAGAAAAUCAAUGAAAGCCUGCAGCGUCUCUAAAGGAUUUUAGAUCCUUAUCGAACAUGACCUACUUAACAGAGAGUUUCUAUUAGAAAGAUAUAAUUUUUAAGAACUAUUUGCAGAAUAAAGUAAAGUACAUUCUUUUCCAA